UAAGAUUUAAACUAUGCUGAGUGAUUAAUAAAAGUCAACUGUUACUAUAAAUUUUUACAUUUAUACAAAUUUGUAUUAAAUGGCAGGAGAAGUCGUAGUCGAUGCUUUACCAUAUAUUGAUCAAGGAUAUGAUGAACCUGGAGUCAGAGAAGCGGCUUUGGCUAUGGUUGAAGAAGAAACACGUCGUUAUAGACCAACGAAAAAUUAUUUAGAACAUUUGGCAUCAUUAAAUAUAACUGCUUUUGAAACAGAAGUAAUGAAACAUGAAUUUGAACGAAUGCAAAACCGUUUACCUAUGGAAGUACUUAGUAUGAAACGUUAUGAAUUACCUCCACCUCCACCAGGCAAAAUGAACGAUCUUGCAGCAUGGAACGAAAGUGUAGAAAAUAGCAGUGCACAAUUAGAACAUCAGGCUACAAGAAUUUGUAAUCUUGAAUUAAUGAUGGAAUAUGGAUGUGAAGCAUGGAAAUCUUAUUUAGAAAUAUUAGUACAAUUAGUGAAUCAAGCCCAAAAACAAUUACAAGCAUUAAGGAAAAAGAUACAAGAAGUUAAUUGGCAAAGAAAAUCUAUGCAAACUCAAGGAGGAGAAAAGUUAAGAGCAUUGGAAGCACAAUGGGUGGGAUUAGUAUCAAAAAAUUAUGAGAUUGAACAAGCAUGCGUACAUUUAGAAGAAGAAAUACAAAAGUCUAUGAUGAAUAAGGGUGAAGGAGUAGAAAUCAAUGAUGUACCAGGAGAGGAGGAACCUGAUGUUCCAGAAAAAAGUGCAACAGAGGUUAUGGCAACAGAAAUGGAUCAACAAGAAAAUCAAGAACCUCAGAACAAUAUGUAAAAAUAUAAAUGUAUAAAAUUAUGAGUUAUAUUGGAAAGUCUUGCAUAGUGCAAACAGAAUACAAUAUUUUUUAUAACGUAUUCUUUGCACAAAUAUAUCAAUAUAUAUUAUAUAUAUUAUAUUAAAAAUAAAUGCAAACAUUAUAUAAAUAUCAUGAAAAUUAAUUUAUAAAUAUUAUUCAUCGAUUGCCAUUGUUGUGUUGAAAUAUCGUCGAACGUUUAUAUAAAAGAGAUAAUUUAUCACAAUGCCUUAUGGUAUUUCAUGGACUCGAUAUAUUUGUCUUAUUACAUCAGCAUUUUUUGCAACGGCAGCCGGUUCGCAAGUUGUGCAUCUCAUAUAUCGACCGCUUGAUGAUUUAGAUGAUCUUAUAGAAGAAGCAUUACAAAAAAAAUUGUCAGAACA